CUCAUCUCAUCCAAAAAAGAGGCCUUUUUAACAAACUUGUCAUUUUCAACGACAACAUCUUAUCCGUGGCGAAAUUGGCGGCUCUUGGUGGUUGGUAUCCAAUUGGGGCGUGUGUUCUCGUCGUCGUUGUCGUCGUGGUGGUGGUGGGUACGUGGUGGGUAGGAUUUUGCAUUCUUUUCUACUCCAAAUUGCGUGCAACAGUCACAUCGCAGCUGAUGCCCUCAAAACAACUGCUACCAGCUAAAAACUGUCCUCAUCAUCACAUCAUUCUUCGCAAUAAUAUAUAAUUUGCUGGCACGUUAUCAUCUAUAACAAAGGAGAAUAGACCUUCAUUCACCCAGCGCGUAUGUAAUAAUAUCAUCAACACCAACCAGCAGCCAGCCAAACCACCAAACAAAACUUACCACCACCACUUUAAUUAUUUACUUAAUAUUAUACAUUACUACUAAUCCUAAGCUAGUUAGUAACCACCAAGCAGCAUUACUUGGUCCAGGCAAAACUAAAAACUAUCUUUGUUCCGAUAUUUAACCCUUAAUUACUUGUGAUCGACGUAUUUUUUUAAGGAGAAAAGUUAACAAACUUUGUUGAAGAUAACGAGGAAUCAUGGAUAAAAACGAGUCCAAGGGGGGUAAGAAGAGCGCCUCCCCCACUAAAAAGGGAGCAGCUCCCCAAGCCAAAAAAGGUCAGCCAAGCAGCCCAUCUAAACAAAGUUCAGUAGAUGGGGGUGAAAAGGGGACAGAAAUUGGGGACGUUGUUCCCCCAGUAAAAUCGUCGUCUUCAACUUCAUCACCAACCACCACCACCCCCACAACUGUUACACCCACCACCACCACCGAGGAGAAGAAGGUCGAAGUUGCUGAUGAAAAUGCUGAGGAUGCAGGUGCCACGGGUGAAAGUUGGUCUGGAUGGUUUAGCAGCACGAUUAAUUCUGCAAAGGAAAAAUCGAAUGAAAUGCUGCAAUAUUUGAAACAAGACCUGUCCGAGUUUACUGAAACGGUAUCCGAGGCUGGAAGAGAUCUGAAGGACAAGUUGAAAAUUGAGGAGAAUGCGAUGCAGGCUGUGAAUGUGGUCGGAGAAAAAUUCAACGUCGCUCUGGAACAAAUGUCAACAAUUUUUGGAGUUGGACCAGACGAUGAAGAUGAAGAAGUAAUUGUUGGUGGAAAUCCAGGACGCGUCGUGGUUGAUCGGGUACAGGCAAAAAUAUAUUCCUUGGCUUUGGACGAUGCCGUAUUUUUGAACGAUCCUGAAGACAUGGACGCCUAUGAAAAAUGGCUAGCUCAUUUCGAUCUGGAAGUAAAGAAUGACGAGAUUGCGGAACUCCUCACUACCAACCCCCACCUUCAACUCCACUACUCUCAGCUCGUCCCGGACAAAGUGUCACACCUCGUGUUCUGGCAUAGGUUCUACUAUCGCGUUCAGCUCAUCUUUGACGAGGAGACGAAACACAAGGAAGCCGCAGAAAUGGAGAAGGAACGAAACAAAAGUCCACAACAAAGUUCGGAGCAGCAAAAUAAAACGUCUGGAAAUUCGUCUGGAAAUGAUUCCCCUGUUGGUGAUAUGGGUCCUGGUGGUGAUCAAAGUAUGGUAGAAAUAUCCGAAGAAGACCAAAAACGAUUGCUGGCCGAGUACGAGGAAGAAUUAAAUAAGGGAGAUGAAUCAGGAAAACAUUCUCGACGAUCUAGCGGAACCCAAAUGUCAUCCUCGUCAUCUGGCAGCUUUGCAUUUGUAACGAGAGAUCCGGAUACUAACGAACUUAAAGUGGAUUAGAAACGUCAAAUCAAAAUUAUUCUAAAAUCUAAGCUAAGGAAACUCUUCUUCAUCUCCGUUAAAAUCAAAAGUGAUCGUUCAAAAUUAAAAGUACAUAAAUAUCUAAUUGGAUUGUAAUUAUAUAUUUAGCGUAAUUUGUAUUAAUUAGUCAAAUUACUAUCACUAACUACAAAAUUCCGGUGACUUCGUCCUCCUCCUCCUCCUCCUCAAGAAAUUCACGGAUCCUUUCUUAUUUUAUAUAUUCGAAAUCGAAAACACGUCAUCCGACCAUAUAAUUUUUUGUUUCGUUUCGCAAAUAAAUUUAUGUAAAUCAUCGUAAUCAAAUCAAAGUCUCCACUCUGUACCAAUCAUAAUUUUGUUUCGUGUUUCGUUUAAUUUUUCAUUAUAUUAUUGAUAUAAUCCUAAUUACUAGAAUUACGUGGUGUGUAGAACUUCUUUUGUAUUUUUAGUUACAAACAGAGUGCCUUCAACCGGAACCGUUGAAUAAUUUUAUACAUUCUAAGUCAAAAAAAGAGUAAGGAUAAUGAAAUUAAGCCGUUUUUUUCGUGAAUAAAUAUAUCUUGGUAAAUAAA